GCUUGUUCUUUGAUUGGAGGGAAACCCCGUGGAAGAGCGGGAGCGAUCAUCAGCUGUACGAGCAGGAAGCAGGAAUAACUGCGUUUUUUGGACCACACAGUAAACAUGCCAGACCAGGAAGAAUUGGUAUCUCGGGCCAGACUAGCUGAGCAGGCUGAGCGCUUUGAUGACAUGGCAAAAACCAUGAAGGCCGUCACUCAGCAAGCUAAGGAAAGCCUGACUGUGGAGGAGCGCAACCUGCUGUCUGUGGCCUACAAGAAUGUGGUGGGGGCCCGGAGAUCGGCCUGGAGAGUAGUGUCCAGCCAGGAGAAAAAAUGUUCCCAGAAUAAUGACACCAAAAAUGCAGAGUUAGCCAAGGCUUACAGAGAGGAAAUCGAAAAGGAGCUGAAUGACAUUUGUACUGAAGUUGUGAACUUGCUUGAAAAGUACUUGAUUCCUCAAUCGACCAAAGAUGAGGGGAAAGUUUUUUACCUGAAGAUGAAGGGAGAUUACUUCCGUUAUCGGGCUGAGGUUGCUUGUGGGGAGGAGAAACAAAAAGUCAUCAAUGAUUCUAAAGAGGCUUAUAAUGAAGCCUUGGAAAUCAGCCAAAGCAUGUCCACUACACAUCCCAUCCGACUAGGCCUAGCUCUUAACUUCUCUGUCUUCUACUAUGAGAUUGCUAAUGACCAGAAGAUGGCCUGCGAAUUAGCUAAGAAAGCUUUUGAUUUGGCCAUUAAUGACCUGGACACCACUUCAGAGGAGUCCUACAAGGACAGCACCUUAAUCAUGCAGCUGCUCCGUGACAAUCUGACACUGUGGACCACUGGUGAGUGCGAAGGCGACGGUGAGGGUGACGAUUCGCAGCAAGAUGAUAAACAGUGAUCUUCACUAAAAGCCCUUUAACACAUUUUUACCUCUCACCAGCGCGCAUGUGGGUUGUGUGUGCACAUACAUGAACACACAUGUAUGUUACACUCCAAGUAUAAAGUACAGUAUGUAUGCGCUAAAACAUUGUGUGUUAAAUGUAUGAGCACCACCACUGAAAAAAAAAAAAUGAACUCAAGUCAAGGUUUGAUUAUUUUGUCCAUGAGUUGAGCAUAAUUGAAAGCCUAUUCCAGUCCUUCAAAUGCAUUAUGUUGAACAAACCCAAAUGCCCAGAUUCCUUGAAAGCAUAUACACUAUACAAUGGUGUGAGCAUGACAUACGGUUUAUAUCCUCCUGCCUGCUGAACUGGUGCUUUUAUGGCUGGUGCUUGUGUGAUGUGGCCUGGUGGGUUUUCUGUGCUAUCAGGUGUAAAGUUGACUCCCUAAUUGGCCACAUGCUAAAAGUAUCAUUUAUUUAGUUUACUAAAAGGUUACAUUCCAUUGUGCUUGACUUUUUUUCUUUUGACAAUGUACUAUGUUAUUUCUAUAUUCAUUUUCCAUGCCACAUGACUUGAGGCCUCAAAAAAGUGAACAACUUUUAAAAUGGCUCAAUACUGUAACUUUUGAUAUUUUAUCUUUUUCUCAAUACAGAGAAUACUUAGGUCAUGUGCCUCUUUGUGGCUUUAUACCUUUCUAUUCAGGUGUUUUUGUAUUUUCAUUUGUGUGUUUAAUUCCCUUUGAUUCCUGGUAUGUCUGUCUUUCUCAGCGUUAUGGUAUUAUGGACUUGGUGGCUUGUACUGAAACUGGGGUUCUCUCUAAAAUGUAAGCCAUUUUGUUGUGACAUUCCCAUGUGUGAUUGGAUUAUCAAAUAGUAUGGCCUUUAAUCAGCAUUUCCAGUUAUAUAUAAUGGCACUGUAUCGCUGUGCAGAGGGUUGCAGGAUUUAUGGUUACUAAUCGCUCUCCGGUUAUGUGCUUUCAUGUAAGUGGAAUUAAAACAUUACAUUUAA